UGCAGCAGCACAACAACAGGUGGUCACCAUGAGGCUGGUGCUUCCCAACCCAGGACUGGACCUCCGGAUCCCCAGCUAUGAGGAUCUGGACAGGAUGGACCAAGAGGAAGCCGACGGCAGGCCCAAGUGGGACAACAAGGCCCAGUACAUUCUGACCUGUGUGGGCUUCUGCAUUGGACUCGGUAACGUGUGGCGGUUCCCUUACUUGUGUCAAAGUCACGGAGGAGGGGCCUUCAUGAUUCCCUACCUGAUCUUGCUGGUGCUGGAGGGGAUGCCUCUCCUGCUGUUGGAGUUCGCCAUCGGCCAGCGCCUCAGGAAAGGCAGCGUGGGAGUGUGGAGAGCCAUCAACCCGUAUCUGACCGGCAUCGGUGUAGCCUCCAUGCUGGUUUCCUUAUUGGUUGGACUUUACUACAACACCUUAGUAGCCUGGAUCCUGUGGUAUCUCUUCAAUUCCUUUCAAGACCCACUGCCUUGGACCCAGUGUCCCCUCAAUGACAAUGGGACAGGUUUUGUUUCAGAGUGUCAGCAGAGCUCCACUGUGGAUUACUAUUUUUACAGAGUGACUUUAAACAGUUCGGCCUCCAUAGGCGACUCUGGGGGGGUCCACUGGCCCAUAGUGCUCUGCCUGCUGGCCGCCUGGACUGUCGUCGCGAUCUGCUGCAUCAGAGGCAUUGGCACUUCAGGGAAGGCGGUGUACGUCACGGCCAUCCUGCCCUACAUCGUGUUGGCCAUCUUCCUGAUCCGAGGACUGACGCUUAAAGGCUCUUUCAGUGGAAUCAAGUUCCUCUUCACACCAGACGUGGACGAGCUGAUCAAACCGACAACUUGGCUGGAUGCCGGCGCCCAGGUUUUCUACGCGUUCGGUCUGGGGUGGGGGGGCCUCAUCUCCUUCUCAAGCUACAACCCCGUUCACAACAACUGCAUACAAGAUGCUGUGAUCUUGUCCGUCAUCACUGGCCUCACCUCGAUCUACGCCGCCACAGUCACCUACUCCAUCAUCGGCUUCAGGGCUACGGAGAAAUACGACAACUGCCUCAACAACAACAUCAUCUCCUUGUUAAACACAUUUGACCUUCCCGAGGACAACAUCACUGCCAGCGACUACGAGGCGGCCCUCAAUCGUCUCAACAGCUCCUCCCCGGAGACGGUUCUCGGGUUGGACCUCAAAACCUGUGACAUACAGACACUUCUCAGUGAGGGAGUGGAGGGGACGGGCCUGGCCUUCAUCGUGUUCACAGAGGCAAUAACCAAGAUGCCCGGAUCUCCGGUCUGGUCUGUGCUCUUCUUCGUCAUGCUUCUCUGCUUGGGACUCUCGACCCUGUUCGGCAACAUAGAGGGAGUGGUGGUCCCGCUGAAAGAUCUGAAUGUAUUCCCUAAAACGUGGCCUCAUGAAAUACUCACUGGGAUAACAUGUAUUGCCGCCUUCUUCAUCUGUUUCCUGUUUGCGCUGGAUUCGGGGAUUUAUUGGGUAACGCUCUUUGACAAUUUCGCUGGAUCCGUCCCACUCUUGACCGUUGGCUUAUUUGAGAUGAUAGCUGUUGUUUACAUCUACGGCAUAGACAGGUUCAACGAGGAUAUGGAGUUCAUGGUGGGACAUAAGCCUUCCAUCUUCUGGCAGAUAACGUGGCGGUUCAUCAGUCCUCUCAUUGUUCUGGUUAUUUUGGUUUUCUAUCUGGUGACACAAGUCCAAGAAGAGCUCACCUACCUGGUCUGGGAUCCGAAAUCCGAUGAAUUCCCGUCUCUGGCAUCAGUACCGUACCCCGCAUGGAUCGACUUGGUCAUUUUUCUCCUGGCGGGUGUCCCAAGUCUUGCAGUGCCUGUUUAUGCAUUAUGUAGGCUGCUUUUCAUUUGCUGCAAGAAAACUACACAGUAAAUGAAUUCCUUAACUAUUCCUUAAAAUGAUCAAUUUCAGAGUACAACAAAUUUGUCACACUGGUUGCUGGUGCUGGCUGCAGGGAGGACUCAAGCGCAGAGUUUUAUAGACCAAGUGCUCUUUAUUUAACGCAAAACCGAGACGUGCUCCAACAACGGGUAACAUGGACAAUGACGCGACAAGGGACAACAGGCACACAGGGCUUAAAUACACAAGGGAGGUGCAGGUGAUUGGACACAGGUGGAAACAAUCAAGCAAUCACAAGACAAGGCAGGAAGUGAAGUUAACCCAGGACCACAAGGAACAUGAAACUUCAAACUAAAACAGGAAGAGAGACCAAACCGUGACAAAAUUACAAGAAUCUUGAAGCACAACACUGCUGUUUUAUUGAUGCACAGGAUGAAUCCCCGUCUCUGGCAUCAGUACCUUAACCCUGCAUGGAUCAACUAGGUCACCCAGGGCCUGAUUGUGCAUUACGCAGUUUUUUUUGCAAAACUGUGUCAAAAAAGUCCUAAACUCUCAAUCAUACAUUUCAAAAUACGACAAAAAGCAAGAAUCUCAAAGGACUUGGUCUAGGUUUAAUUGGUGCAGUUAGGUGAAGUACUCAUAUUUCUAAAUGUUUUUGAAAAUGUAUAUUCUCAACUUAUUUAUCACAAUGUUUAGAGUGCUGAUUUGAUAUUUUGUUGUUUUACACUGAUCCAAAUUGAAAAAAAAGCCUCUUACUGUUCCAUCAAGGUUGUAAACUCCCGAGAUCUCAACGUAGUAUAAUGUUGUACGGCAUCAGAUGUUUGUAUGAUUGUUCAAACAAGAAGAAGAUAUAGAGUUACACAUUUCCAACAAAUGAAGACAAAAAAAGUUUUUAACUGUGCAAAUGUUUACUGUUCAUUUCUUUUUUGGAAUACAUUACAUAGUAAAUAGUGUGACGACUAACAACAACUAUUUUGUCAAAGUAUUAACAAUAAUUGAUUGAUGUAUUUUCCAGUCUAAGUGAACUUUGCCUUUUUGAGUAUUAUCUUUUAAUGAUUAAGUGUGAACAGUCAUUGUCAAACCAGCUUAGUUCAGCAUGGCUGUACACAUUUACAAAGAGAUUGUGUAUUUCUUACACUUUAAAUAGUUCAGUCAAAACAUCUUUGGUGGUUUCAGAGGUUGGAGACACAGUGAAUGUAGCUAGUCAUGUUUUUUUUAACAACAUCUGGACUUAAAAUAAAUAAACCUUAUUUAAAAGCACUAAGCAUGUCUUCGAUAAUUACUGGAUACAGCUGUACUAUUUUUUGUGCUUUGACACUU